AUGGAAAAGGCUCGUGCGACGGCGAACAAGCGGGCGGCUGAAUUUCGGAAAGAACGCGGCGCACAGCCCGGGGCGAACCAGACGGCUCGAAGGUACACGCGCGCUGGGAGGGAUGAAGACCGCGCGCGCACGGCGGCGAUUCGUGGAUACGAAAUGGACGAAGAGGGAAAUUAUAUUAAGCCGGAACCUAGCGUAGAGGAGCUUCUCCGCGGCACGGCGUGGGAGAUGGAUCCGAGGCAAGACGCGACGCAGUUUUCCAUGACCAAGGAGGAGUGGAAAGCCGUCAAGGCGCAAGCGCGCACGGCAACGUAUCCGCACGAUGCGGUGCACAUUUUUGAGAACGCUGGUUUGAGACGUAUUUCACCGGAAAUGGCGGCAUCGAUGCUGAAGCUCAUCGCUCAGAAGGCGCAGCACAGUAGGUGCGACCGAGAGGAGCUCGCCGGGUUGCGACGAGAUCCGCGAGUAGCGCACAUGAUUGGAACGUGCGUCGCCGCCGCGCGCGCAAAGAGCGAUACGCUUCCCGCGGAAGAAGUCGCCAAGUGCUGCUGGGCGCUCGGUGUCAUUGCCGGUGAGCGGGCGAACAGCGCCGAGCUCGAAGUAUUGGCCAAUCGUGCGUCGGAGUUGAUGAAGAAACUGUCUCCGGAUGAGAUCGCCGAUAUUUCCUGGUCGCUCGCCAUUUCUCGGCAUUCAUCUGAGCGCUUCUUCCACGAACUCGACGUUCACGCCGCCAUGACAGGCUUCAAGGGCUUCCAAGCGUACCAAAUCACGACUGUGGCUUGGGCGUUCGCGCACCUUGGACACUCGCACGCUGGGUUUCUCGAUGGCAUCGAUGUCUGGGUCGCCCGAGCGCCCGCGAGAAACAAAGAUUUGACACCGCAACAAGCCGCAGAAGCUCAGGUUCAUCGCUUCAACGCAACAAUUCUGGCCUCGCUUGCAUGGUCCUUCUGUGUCAUGGAAGACGCGCUCGAUAGUCUAUUCUUUCGCACGCUCUGGGCGGAAAUUAUUACACGAGGGGAGCACGACGCGCAAAUGGUCCACGAAAAAGAAAAUACUGCGGCAUCAAUGGAUGAACAUCACAACACUAACGUCUUUGGUCCAUGGAAGGGGCGUCAGCUCAACCAGUUACAUCAAGCGGCCAUCACCGCCGUUCGCGCCGGCUUCGACCCCUUGCCCACUGAACUUGGUGCUGCUGCCGAUACAGCGUGGAACACGCAGAACCGGCCACCCGUUGUGUCGUGGUUCCAGCGCGAUGUUGGAGCUAUUUUGUCGUACAUGGGUGAAAAGCACGAGGAAGAGGCUCUCGUGAGUGGGUACAGAUGCGAUUUACUACUCCCGGACGCAAAGCCUACUGGAGUAGUAAUUGAAGUCGACGGUCCGUCGCACUUUGCGCGUAACGAUCGUAAAUUAGCGCUCGGACAAACUCGCUUGAAACAGCGGCAGCUCGAAGGUGAAGGUUUCGCCGUGUUCCCGAUUCCCAUUUUCGAAUGGGACUAUUUGGAAGAUGCACAACAAAAGAGCGAUUACUUGCGAGCGGGCUUGGAUGCCAUUGAACGUGGCGAGCGUCCGCAACGUCUCGAACGAGACGUCGAUCUCGAGGGCGAAGGCGCAGGUGGUGACGCGUGGAACCGCAGACCCAUGUCUACCAUGGGCGAUUUUGGAGCUUGA